AUGGGUAACUAAUUUGACUCGUGUUGUCAAAACUUCAAUUCAAAAGAGGCUAUCGAGGUGAGGUAGAAAAUAGUGUCUCCUAGUGACCAGAUAAAUCUGCCUCGAAUAUCCAAGUCAAAACUAAGAAAAGGUUGUUAAACACCAGCUAGUUGUAGUCACAAAUCUCUUGAUCAAGAGAACUUGAAAUAAAUGAUUAAUAAGCAUCAACUUGGAGAAUCUUUCCAUCUGAAUUGCUCGAUGCAUAGUCGAAAGAAAUUUAUUGAAGAUUCUAUUGCCUACAGAGAGUAAACAAGUGUUCACUUCAGAAAUAAUUUGGACUUGUCCUCUAAUUCUAGUGACGAGAGCAUUAAGUAGAUUACUGGAAUCGAGAACAAGAAAAGGAAAUAGAUUUAAUUCUUAGAAUUGAAAGAAGGGUCAAGGACAUCCAAAUCUAAUAAAAGACAAAUAAAUAAAAUUUUUGGAUAGAGGACUUAGAGGCUAGACUCUAAAUCAAUUGCUUAAUAUUCACCAAAGCAAAGGAAUGAACUUUGGGACUACAGUUAAUACAGAAGAGCAACGACUAAGAGUAGUGAGAAUGAAAAAGUACUAUAGAAACUAAAGAAAUGA